AUGGCGAACUCCAAGUACGAGUACGUCAAAGACUUCGAGCAAACAGACGUUCUGCUCCCCAGUACAUGGAUUGUCGUGCGCAUCGAUGGCAAAGGGUUUCACAAGUUCUCAGACCACUAUCAAUUCACCAAGCCCAAUGACCGCCGUGCCUUAGAUCUGAUGAAUGCUGCCGCGGUCGAGGUCAUGAAAGAACUACCGGAUCUAUGCAUCGCCUAUGGUGUUAGCGACGAGUUCAGCUUUGUCUUCCACCCUAACUGCCAACUCUUCGAGCGGCGGAGUGCGAAACUGGUGACAACUAUUGUCUCAGCAUUCACAGGAUACUACAUUUACAAGUGGUCAGAGUACUUCCCCUCAAUGCCUCUUCAGCCACCCUAUCUCCCUUCAUUCGACGGCCGGGCAGUCAUCUACCCAUCAAAUGGGCUCUUGCGGGACUACAUGAGCUGGAGACAGGUUGACUGUCACAUCAACAAUCUCUAUAACACAACAUUUUGGAUGAUGGUUCUGAAAGGUGGUAUGAGUAACACUGAUGCUGAACAAGAGCUGAAGGGAACUGUCUCCGGUGAUAAGAAUGAAAUCCUCUUCAAGCGGUUUGGCAUCAACUACAACAAUGAAGAGGAUAUCUAUAAGAAAGGAAGCGUUCUUUACCGCCAGUUCGAAUUUCAAGAGCCCGGGUUGGUCCAGGAAGGAGAGGUGGACGACACUGUUGUGCCAGAGGGAAAGCAAUCAAGGUCACAGCAAGAGAGGCUCCGAAAACUGCGACGGAAAGCACAGGUCGUUGUCGACCACGUUGAUAUUAUCAAGAAUGAUUUCUGGGAGAGACGGCCGUGGAUCCUAUCCGGCAAACCGGGCAAGCUACCAGCUUAG